GAACCCACUGGGAUCCCCAGAUAGGCAUCGGGUUGUUGUAGGGUUUUGCUUCAAAUUUGCGGGGUUUUACGCAUUUACACAGGAACAUGACAGGAACGAGCAGCUGGUCUUCCACCUUUUGGCCUGCUGAGGGUUCGAGCUGUACAAGAGGAACGACUCUGGCACAGGGAGGUGAGUUGCGAAAUACCCUUGAUUGGCGAGAGGCGAAAGAACAAACCAAGCGGCUUAAUUUUCCACCUGCCCUUCGGGAUGAUCCGUCGGGUAGGAGGGCGAUAUUUACUUUUGCUUUCAAACAAUGACAUGAUGCUGCUCCAAACCCAAACUGGCCAUAUAUACCGCGGCCUCCAAGAGUCAAUACUUCCUUUGCUGGUCCUCUUCACAUUUCCAAACUUCUCCCUCGCAUUCAAAGGCCUUGACUUUUCAAUUCCACAUUUUAAUCAUGACCUCCGACCAACAGCACCCUCACUCAGGGUUCCACGAUAUUCAAGCUAUCCCUCUCGAGAUGAACGAGAAAGACAAUGAGCUCAUUCACACUGAACGUCUUCAAACCGCCGAAGAGAUUCGAAAGACCAUGUCCAAGGGCGAGGCGGUGCAGAUGAGGUCCAAGUUUGCCGACUUGGGUACCAUCCAAGCCCUCAAGGAAUACAAGCUCUUAGGUUUCGUCGCAAUGGCAGCGGCCUUCAGUGCUUCACUUGACGGCUAUCAAAUCAACUUGAACGGUGGUAUCGUCUCCAACAAAGGUUUCAUUCAACAGAUGGCAGCCCCAGGCACUGAAGCUAUCGAUGGAAAGUACGUCUCGGCAUGGGGUGGUAUCCAAUCUGCCGGCCAAACCUUAGGGCAAAUCUUUCUUCAAUACGCUACAGACGCUCUCGGUCGAAAAUACGCCCUCUAUAUCCUAUGGGUCUUCCUCGUAGCUUCCAUCUUCGCCGAAACCUUUGCUAGCCACUGGUCCCACUGGCUUGUCGCCAAACUCUUCUCUGGUAUGGGUGUCGGUAUGUUGCAAGCAACGAUGCCGGUCUAUUUGAGUGAAGUAGCGCCUUCUCAGCUUCGAGGUUUCUUCAUCAACGCCUACUCAUUUUGGUUUUGCCUCGGUCAACUUGCAGCUUCUAUCGCGCUCAAUGAGCUCAAUGAUAUGAAGCCUUACGAUUUCCGAACUGCCAUUUACACUCAGUGGCCAAUGGUCGGUGUCAUGGGUAUCGUCUUCCUCUUACUUCCUGAAUCUCCUUGGUGGCUUGUCAGUAAAGGCAAGCUUGAAAAGGGUUCCAAAAUGUUGUCAAGAUAUCAAGGUCAUCUCCAAGGCUACUCCGUUGAAGAAGAAGUUGCCAUCAUGACAGCUACACUGGAAGAAGCCAAGCUCAUCGCCAAACGUCAAGGACAAGAAGGUCAAUUGGCAGUAUUCAAGGGAAGCAACUUACUCCGUCUGUUCAUUGCUUCUUGGCCGAAAAUGAUUCAGCAAUUCGUUGGUCUCUCUGUCUUCAACACUUACGCUACCUACUUCUUCCAACUUGCGGGUAACAGCAACCCCUUCCUCGUUACCGUCAUCCUCUCCUGUGUCCAGCUCAUUUCUAUGCUCAUCACCGUCUCCCUCAGUGACAAUAUCGGCCGUCGACCGCUUACUGUCUACCCAUAUGGAAUCACUGUCCUCUCUGUUCUUUCGCUUGGUAUUAUCGGCUGUUUCGACUACACCAGCAAAUCUCUGGGUUCUCUCCUCAUCUUCUUUGCAUGUCUCGCCACCUUCUCAACUACCGGCGCUUCCGCUAUCGGCUACGCCUAUGCUGCUGAAAUCCCUACUCAACGACUUCGAGCCCAAACUGCAGGCUGGGGUCUUGCGUUGUCCAACAUGGUUGCCAUCAUGUUCUCUUUCUGCACUCCGCUCAUGCUUAAUGGUAAGGCUAAAUGGAAUGUCAAGACGGGAUUCUUCUUUGCCGGAACAGGCUCGGUCGCUACUGUCGUUGGGUGGUUUAUCCUUCCUGAAGUUGCCCGUAGGACACCUGCCGAGAUCGACGAGCUGUUUGAGAAGAAGGUCAAUCCACGCAAGUUCAAAGGUUACGUUACAGACGUCGAGAUCUCUUACCGAGAGGCAAACGAGACUUCUGCUUAAGGUUUGCUCAGUUGUUAAGAUUUGAGGGAAUGUAAAGAUUACUAGGUCUAUGUCAUUGUGUAUAUGCUUUAGGGGGUUGGGUAUAAUCGAAAGUAGGGACCUUAUAGGGCUACUAUCAUCAUCUUUUGUUAAUCUGGUCAUAUUCAUACUUCGCUGUCUUGACUUAUGCAUGA